GAUAGGCUACUAGGUCUGGUAGGCUCAAUUCCUAAUCAAACACAAAGAGGGGUCAGAAAAAAAAUUAAGAGAUUAUUGAAAUUAGAGAGGCUGUCCUUUGACUUCUGCUCUCUCUCAAUAAAUAAUAUCCCCUCAAAGUAGCAGUCACCAUAAUCUCUCUUCCAAGUCCAUUGAAACAGAGGCAAAAUUAGACAGCAAACUUCCAUAACAACUAUUCACCACAAUCUAUUUGUAAGGGUCUCUGUUCUUCUCUCUUGGUUACUCAGCAGUUUAGAGAGAGAGAGAGAGAGAGAGAGAGAGAGAUGGGGAGAGCUCCUUGCUGUGACAAGGCAAAUGUAAAGAAAGGACCAUGGUCACCUGAAGAAGAUGCAAAGCUGAAAGAGUACAUAGAAAAAUAUGGGACUGGAGGGAAUUGGAUUGCUCUUCCACAGAAAGCUGGUCUUAGGAGAUGUGGGAAGAGCUGCAGACUAAGAUGGCUUAACUAUCUGAGGCCCAACAUUAAACAUGGUGAAUUUUCUGAUGAAGAAGAUAGAAUUAUCUGCAACCUCUUUACUAACAUUGGAAGCAGGUGGUCAAUAAUAGCAGCUCAGUUGCCAGGCAGGACUGACAAUGAUAUCAAAAACUACUGGAACACCAAGCUAAAAAAGAAGCUCAUGGGCAUAAGCAUUCUCCCAUCCCAGCUGCUAAAAUCUCACCCAUCUCUUCUCCUUCAAACUUCAUCCACAUCCUCUUCGCCGUUAUCAUACCGAGGAAGCAACACCAGCACUACAUUUUACACACAAACCAGGUCUUUCACCGGCACUUUGGAGCCCAUUUCUUUUUCACAAAGUCUAAUGAGCAGCAGUUCCAUUAAUUCUGCUCCUUCUGCUCUGCAAAUCCCCCAAGAGAGCUUUGUGGGGAGACACAUGCAGCAGCAGCAUUAUCAAGUCAAGGAUAACAUUUUGAUGUUUGGAGGUGAAGCAAGUUGCAGCUCCUCUGAUGGGAGUUGCAGCAACCAUCAGAUCACAGAAAGAGAGUAUGAAUAUGGUGGUGCUUAUGGCGGCCGCAACGGCGGUGCAACUAAUGGGGAGGUGAAACUACAGAUGGGUUUGCAAAAUUAUAAUUUUUUUAAUGGAGUUGGACGAGAGCAGAAAAUUAUGCAGAAUAAUUCCAGUGGAAAUAGGAUGUGGGAAGAUCAAGCAGGAUUGGACUAUGGACUGGAAGAGAUUAAGCAGUUAAUUAGUAGUACAGGUAGUCACAACAACUUUUUGUUUGAUGAAAACAAGACAGAGGAAAAGGUCAUGAUGUACUACUGAUGAUGCUGACUGUGUGAGUAAAAGAUUUGGAGAAGGAAGGGAUGGGCUGGAGAUUCUCGGAUCUGGAGAGAGAGAGAGAGAGAGAAGGGUUACGAUGUUUAUGGUGGGUGUGUGAAUAUAUUUUUCUUGACAGUACUUGUUAGAAGUUUCCUUUGUGCAUUUACUUUUUGGGAAAUGAUGUGUGUGUAAGUACAAUUUAACUGUGCUACCAUAUUAAUCAGGCACGCAGAUGUCAUGGAAUAUUCAGAAGAAAAAACCCAUCACCUUUUAAAACCUGCAAUCUUAAAAGGCAAGCAUCACCAUGUCCUCA